AUGGGGUCUGGGCUCCUGGCGCCGGUGAGCGCGCCGUGGAGCCUCGUGUGGGGGCCUGGGCUGCGGGUGGGCGUCGUGCUGCCCGUCUGCUACUUCUACCUGCAGGCUGUGAACUCGCAGGUCCAGAACCUCACUCGCUCGCCCCCAGGUCAAACACUAUUCAAAGUAGUAAUCAGAUCUCUUUCACCUAAAGAGUUAGUCUGGAUUCACGUCCCCAAACCUUUGGACAGGAACGAUGGGACAUUUUUGAUGCGAUAUAAGAUGUAUGAAACUGCCAGCGAAGGGCUGAAGAUAGAGGUCCUUUACGGUGAUGAGCACAUGGCUCAGUCUCCUUAUAUUUUGAAAGGACCAGUGUACCACGAGUACUGUGAAUGUCCAGAAGGUCCUCUGGCCUGGCAGAAAACUCUUUCUUGUCCAACCAAGGAACCACAGAUUGCAAAGGAUUUUGCUUCCUUCCCCGGCAUCAAUCUCCAGCAGAUGCUAAAUGAAGUUCCAAAAAAGUUUGCGGACGAGAGGGGUGCCAUUGUUCACUACAUGAUUCUCAAUAACCGCAUCUACCGGAGAUCUUUAGGAAAGUACACAGACUUCAAAAUGUUCUCCGAUGAGAUUUUGCUGUCACUGGCAAGAAAGUACAAGUAUCAAGUGAAUGUGGAUGGGACCGUGGCGGCUUACAGAUAUCCAUACCUCAUGUUGGGUGACAGCUUGGUUUUGAAGCAGGACUCGACGUAUUACGAACAUUUCUAUAUGGCACUAACGCCUUGGAAACAUUAUGUUCCAAUUAAAAGAAAUCUUAGUGAUUUACUAGAGAAAGUUAAGUGGGCCAAGGAAAAUGAUGGAGAAGCCAGGAAGAUUGCAAAAGAAGGGCAGCUGGCCGCGAGGGAGCUGCUGCAGCCACACCGGCUCUUCUGCUACUAUUACGGAGUACUCCAGAAAUGCGAGCGCCAGUCCAGCAAACCCAAAAUACGUGAAGGGAUGCAGCUCGUUCCUCAGUCAGAUGAUAAUGCGUCCCCGUGCCAGGGCCUCCGGGAAAGACCUUCCAGAGAAGAGCUUUAAGUCAGCUCCCAUCGACAGUCCUGCAAGUGCCAGCGACAGGUUGAAGGCAAGCCUUCAGACAGAGGCCGGGCGG